CAGGUGGUGCUCGUGUUUGCUCAAGACAAAACACAUGUCUUCUGCUAUAUAACCUGCCGCUUGGUUCUCAUCGGCACAGUUCAGUCCCCUGAGCACAUUGUCCCACCAUGACCAAGUACAUCAUUGCCGUCCUCGCCAUCGGCGCCAUCCAGGCUGCCAGCGCCGCACCCGAGCCUCUCAUCUCUCCCCUGGGAGUGACUCGAGGCUUCCUCGACGCGGCGAAGACCAAGGUGGGCGCUGCUCAGGGCAUCACCAACGCCGCCAUCCAGGCCGGCAGCGACGGCAUCAACCUGGGUCUGGAUGCCGUUCAGGGCGUGGAAGCUGUCAAGUCCAACGCCCUCCGCGGGGCCGUCAACAUCACCAGAAACUUGGGCACUGAGGUCAUCACCCAGACCCGAAACAUCGCCAACCACCUGCCCUCCGCCCUCGGCAUCCGCGGCGUUGCCAACCUCGGCCUUAGUGGUGCUCAGGGCGCCCUGGACCUUGGCGCCAACGCUGCCACCGGCGUCUUUACCGGAGCUCAGGCCCUCGUCAACGGCACCCUUGAUGCUGGCCGCACCGUGAGCACCGGCGUGUCUGGCGCUGCUCAGACCGGCGUCAACUUCGCCGGCAACGUGCCAUUGGUGCCGCGCAGAACGCCGCCGGCAGAGUGGCCAACACUCUCACCGGAGGCCUCGCGGGCCGUCUUGGACUUACCGGCAACGGCGGCGCCUCCGGAGGCAUCAGGCUGGGCUAGAGAUAUGGACACGACGACACCCUUGGGCGUCGAAGCCCAAUGCCAUGGAAGUAAAAAAUAUAAAUUAUAA